CUUACGCGCCGGGCGAUCGAUCAUUCUCUCUUAAGCUAUGGUGGAUUCUUUGAUCGAUCGCUUGCCCUAGCUACAUUCUCUGUGCUCUCUCUUCCCGAUCAGCGAUGCGCGUAUGGUGCCUGGGCUCAUCGGCGGUGGUAGCAAGCUCCACCAUUCAGCCGCGAGCGAUCAAGAGCAGUAUUGCGCCGCGAUGGACGUGCUGCAGGGGAGAUCUCAGGUUUCUUGACUAUAACUUGGUCGGAUCGUCGGCGGCAUUCCUCCGGAGCUUUGGUUUCACGCCCUCGAGGAAUGGCAAAGAGCUGCCUUGUGCCGAUUGCCGAGGACGAGGGUAUCUUUACUGCAAGGAGUGCGAUCUCGGCAGCCCGUGCUCCUCCUGUGUGGAAUGCGCUGGAAAGGGGAUUAUGAAGUGCCAGCAGUGUCAAGGCGAUCGAGUCGUGCGAGGAAGAUCGGUCUACAUGCACGAAGAGUUUUGGGAGAAGCUCCAUUCAGUCUCUUCCAUCACCGUGAAGGACGACGAAGCCAUCGAAAACAUGAGCAUUCCAGCGGCUGUCGCCACCAAGCGUGUAUAUGGUCCUGUUACCGCAGCAACCCGGACCAAGAUCAGCCAUGCGCUAAAGGACUUCGAAAGGCGGACUGGCUCAAUAAGCAGUCGCAUGAGGAAACUACACGAAGAUCCAGUUUUGCACGCUGAAAGAGUAGCUGCGAUUCAGAAAGCGAAAGGAACGGAUGAAUCGAGGAAGAACAUCUCGACUAAGCUGAUAGCUUACUUCACGAACCCUGAGAAUAGAAUCAAACAAAGUUUACGCAUGAAAGGCGUGAAGUAUUACUGCCGAGCUUGUGGAGAGGAGGGCCAUCGAAAGAGCUUCUGCCCGAGCUCCACAGAGCCACCACGGCCGAGCCGCGCAGAAUCGCGAUGCAGCGAAUGUGGAAUCGUUGGACACCGAGCAAACUCCUGUCCUCGAAGCGAUCGGCGGCACAUUGGCCGAGCUCCAUACAAGUGCACGAACUGCAAUGGGACAGAUCACAACGCUCGGACUUGUCCACAGAUACUCGACAAGAGCUCGGCAAACAAAUGCAGUAUAUGUAAAACUUACGGGCACAACAGGAGGACGUGCCCCGAAAGAUCUUCCAUGAUACAAGAAACUCGCGAUGGUGGUAGUGAAACUGAGGACCUGUGAAUACAACUUACACAACGAGAACACUGAUCGAUCGAUCGAUCACCUGUACAAGUCGACGACGACGACCAACUGAAAACCAAAAAACUUACAAGGACGUAACCUUUGGCUGACUAUCUUCCAAAAGAUUGGCACACGCUUCCGGACCUACACGCAGACUUGAUGUUAAGUUUCCACAGAAUGACGAUGAGAAGUGUUCAUUGCUCCUGCUUUAAACUGGGGUUUCCGGGAGGAGAAGAUCGGUGUUGUCAUCAGCAUCGCUUUUCCGGAGAUCCAGUGAUUGUAGAGCGGGAUGCUUGUAAGAUCCCUGUAUGCACUGAAGUAGCUCAUCUUUUGCGCCGCU